UUUUUUUUUUUUUUUUUUUUUUCCCUUCAUUAGCGGGCGUCCUUUCUUUUUUGACCCUCUCCUUCGCAGCGCCAUGCCGUCUUUCGCCAACGACUAUCAUACCGCGACGCCUCCACCCGUGGACUCGCCCCAGGGGAAACCGCAUGAAAAAGCCCCCGUUGGAAAUACCUUCCUAUGGACCAAUAACUGGCCAAAUGGCGAUACUACUAGCCACCGUGACGCUGCCGCCCCCUCGACUGACCGUCUCGCCAAUCUGAAGAAUGCUAGUGCCUACUCCGUCAAUGGCCACCGUUCUAGUAUCAGUUCUUCCCACAACCGUGACCUGCCCCAGUCCAAGGAUGGCAGUAUGUAUUCUCAGGGCAAUGGAUCCGCGCGUGAUCCCCGCGAUACCGGUCGUCCUUCGACCACGUUAGACCGUGAUAUCAUCGCCGGCGCUGGUUCAGGGGCCGGGUCAGCGGCAGCGUCCAUCUCCAGUCAGCAGUUCAUGGGGACAUCGCAGAGUUCCCGUUCGCUCUAUAAUGGGAGACCAACCGUUAACGGGGACCACACCCCUCGACCCUCUGUCGACCAACUCGUCGCUUCUGAUUGUGUUGCGAAUACUUCCAUGUCCGCCUUGUCAAGCUCUCAACCCGAAGAAAGCUUCGGUCGUCUCUCUUCAGAUCCCGGUCGGUUAUCGCCUAGGACUACUAGUCCACAUCGCUACUCUUCGCCUCCGAUCCCCACCGGAAUCGAUGGCGCUGCUAGCGGCAAUCCACCGCAAUCCCCAACACAACAGCAACAACAAGACCAGAGUUCGUUACGACAUCGACAUACACUCCAGGUUCCACGGUCCGCUAGCGCUCGCCGGAAUAGUCGUGAUCAUUCCGAAGAUACGGCACAAAGCAGCGGUCGGCUAUCCCCGACGGCUGGUAUCCGUCGGACUUCUAUGAGCCUUGCCCGUCGAACCACCCGAACGAACCACUCUGACUCGAUCGCAGAUGAGUCCAUCCCUGAUGAAGAUGCUGCCCGUUACGCAGAAGCUAUCAAGCAGCGCAGAGCGUCCAGGCGCCGGCGUCGCGAUGACGACGAUGAUGACCGGGUCAUCGUAGGAACCAAGGUGGACCAGAAUCAUGUCAAUUGGGUCACAGCGUAUAACAUGUUGACUGGUAUCCGAUUCACGGUAUCGCGAAUCAAUGCCAAAUUGGAACGUGAACUCACCCCGGCAGAUUUUGAAGCAAAGCAUAAAUUCUCCUUUGACAUGUAUGUUUCGCUUUUGAUGUUUUGUAUUACCUCUUGUACCCCGAUAUUGACGACAAUGUUAGCACCGGAAAUGAGUUGGUCCCGUCGGCCAAGUAUGACUUCAAGUUCAAGGAUUACGCUCCUUGGGUCUUUCGAAGCCUGCGAGCCAAGUUUCGCAUUGAUCCUGCUGAUUAUCUCAUGUCCCUCACAAGCAAAUAUAUCCUCUCUGAAUUGGGAUCUCCAGGAAAGAGUGGUAGCUUUUUCUACUUCUCGCGAGAUUACAAGUAUAUCAUCAAGACCAUCCACCACGCUGAACAUAAGCUGCUGCGCAGGAUCCUACCCGAGUAUUAUAAGCAUGUGGAGAAGAACCCGAACACGCUGAUCUCUCAAUUCUACGGUUUGCAUCGUGUCAAGAUGGCAUAUGGCCGCAAAAUCCACUUUGUGGUUAUGAACAACCUCUUCCCGCCUCACCGUGACAUUCACCAGACCUUCGAUUUGAAGGGAUCGACCAUUGGUCGAGAUCUCCACGAAUCCGACCUGGAAAAGAACCCACGAGCGACUCUCAA